GAGAUAAUGUACGCCUAUAUAGAUCAGUUGGAUUUCACUGGUACCAAUCUUGUGCAAGCUCUGCGAUUGUUCUUACAUAACUUCCGGCUUCCCGGUGAAGCGCAAAAGAUCGAUCGACUCAUGGAGAAGUUUGCGAGUAGGUUCUGUGAAACGAACCCAAAGUUAAACGGAAGAUAACGAAAGAGCAGUACAUUCAAAUGAAUCGUGGUAUAAAUGACAGUAAAGAUCUUCCAUCUGAAUAUCUUGAAGCAAUUUAUGAUGAUAUUGCACAGAAUGAAAUCAAGAUGAAACAUACACCAAAAGUGAACAGUAGAUACGAUGCUACAUAUUUGCAAAGUGAGAAACAUCGUCGUAUGUUGUAUUCUAUGGAAAUGGAGCAGAUGGCGGAAAACGCCAAAACACAAAUGGAAGACGUGAGUCAUAUUCAGACGGAUUUUGUCACGGCGACACAGAUUGGUCACGUGAAGACAAUGUUCAAGGUUGCAUGGAGUCCGUUUCUUGCCGCGUUCAGCGUCAAUCUACAAGACAACGACUAUUCUUCUGUUGCUUCAUUUUGUCUUGAUGGAAUCCGCUGUGCAAUACGAAUAUCUUGCAUAUUCAGCUUGCCUGUAAGUUGAUAAACACACAACAUUCUGUUCAUUUUAAUAUAUUUGGGUAUGAAAUAACGACAUUAAUGUCUCUGCAUACCUUUUCAUCCCCUGGUGACCCUUUCCCGGACGUAAAUAUAUAUUCAAAAAUAUGUUGAAUGUUGAAUUGUUGAAAUUUAUGAAUAUAUUUACGUAGUUACAUACACGUCGUGUUCUUUGCGUGUUAUAUGUUCAAGGUUUGGAUGAUACUCAUAUGUAUACAAUAAAAACAGAUGUUUCUUUACCUUUGAA